CUCGCGCGACACAACAGACUCUCCCGCCGGGAUCAGACUCGACAUCCCGAGGGAAAGGCUCCAUUAGAACUGCAACUCCAUGGAGGUGGAAGUGAAACUGAGGCUGUCGACCCAGGCCGCGUUCGACAGGGUCCUCGACGCUCUGAAGACCUCAGAGGAGUGUCCAGGAGUCCUUCGCGUCGACGUUCAAGAGAACUGGUACUUCGACACACCGACUGCAGACCUAGAACGAUCACGGUCCGUCUUGCGCGUUCGUCGGAGCAUAAGCAGGGAUACUGGGGAUAGCCACGCGAAAUGCACCGCUACGAGUAAAGGUGAAGCCACGCUGGUCGAUGGCAUCUCACGAGUGGAAGAGUUCGAAAUCCCGAUUGAGUGUGAUGCACUUCAGCGCAUCGUCAAUAAUCCAUCCAGCUUUUGUACCAACAUCCACACCAAGGAAUUCUGGAAGAAGUUGAUGCCCCUAUGGAACGACGCCUCUCAACUGCACGUCAUUGGAAAAUACUUCACUGAGAGGCAUAAGAUCAAAUGGCGGAGCUGGAACCUCGAAAUCGAUUCGACCACGUACGAUUUCGGGAAGGCGUUCGAGAUUGAGAUCGAAACGGAGCGUCCGCACGAAGCUAAGCGGGAAAUGCCAACGACAUCGCAUACACCACAAGUAAACGCAACAAGGUGCAUAAUAUGCGAAUGGGAUCCAUAGAAUAGCGGGCCAUAGAGUAGCGGACUCGGAGGGCACGCUAUAGGACCUUAAGAAGUCUUCUUCAAAAUUUAAGGAUAACAAACG